AUGUCAAAUAAUUAGCUUGUUUUUGAAACAAGUUGCUUUAAUUAGCAAGUUUUUAAUUUAAUGUCUAAUUAAUAAAAAAUAGAACAAGCUUUAAAUCUGACUCGACGUUUAGUGUUUGGUCCUUUAGAUCAAUAAGAUUAGGAUAUAACUAUAUCUGAUGAUCUUUUUAGUUUUACAUUACAAAACAUUUAGGUUAGUCCUUUUCCAACUGAAUCUAGAAAAGUUAUGAAGUUCAUUGAAACAGAUUUACUUACAAAAUUCUUAGACAAGAAUAACUUUGUAGAAGUGAAUAAUUAUUCAGUUAUUUUUGUAAGUAUGGAUGAUCUUUCAUACCAUAAUUUUGAAAAUAUUCUCAACUUAGAUUAUCUUUUUGAUGAUGCUAAAUUCAAACUAAAAACAGUGAGAUUACUUCAGAAUAAAGUUCAGACAUUUUUUAUUUAAGGAUCAACUGAUACUCUUCUUUCAUUAGAUAAAUUAAAUUACUAUACAAUCCCUUUGAAUGUUUCGCAAAGAGGAGGAAAGAGACUUAUUUUCCACUCAAAUCAAUUAUCUUAUGCUUUAACAAAAAUGAUUGAUGAGAGUGAUUUUUUUGAUAAAAAGAAUUUUAGGCAGGUGAACACUGUUUUUAGACUUAACAAUUUUGCACCUGGAGAUUAGAAAUUUAAAUCUCACUACGAUACCCCAUUUGCAGAUAAGUCAAAAGGUUUAUAUUCAAAAUACACUAUGCUGAUUUAUUUAACUGGAAAUUAAAAAGUUCAAAAUGAAUAGCCACCUCUUUAAAUUGAGGAUAUUGUUUUUGAUAAAAUAAAAAAAAAUAGUUGCAUAAUUUUUGAUUAAUAAUUCAAGCAUGAAGGAAACGCUUACUUUGAUAACAAUAAGAUAUUCAUUAGAACAGAAUUAAUUUACAAAAUGGAUGGUUUGCUUUAUGAUUAAAAGGUGGCAUAAAUGUUUAAUAUGGCAUGCUAUAUGACUAAAGAGAUUGGCUAAUAGCAAUAUUCUGCUGAUUUAUUCAACUAAUGUGUAAAAAUGAGAUACAAUAUCUAGGAUGUAGACAAAGAUAUAAAGAGAGUUUAUUUACUGAAAAGGAACUUGGAAGUCCUCUAUGCUACAGAUGGUAAUUAUUAUUGGUUUCCAUCUCACAUUCCACUAUAGUUAAUUGGUUCUUUAAUUGUUCUAGAUUACUUUAAUGGAAAAGUUUAUGAGCUUAAAAACGUUAAUAUUCAAUCUAAAUCUAUCAAAAAUAUUGAUUACUCGAAAAGCCAAGAAGAAAUUGAUAAAUUCAUUUUUGAUAUGAUAAAUUCAUGCAGUUUUGAAAACGAAAAAAUUUCAAAAGAUAGAAGCAAUUAAUUUUAGUGUUUAGAAGACUUUAUACCAAAUUAACUUUGUGAAGAUUUUACUUAUUUUAAAUGCUAUUGUGGUUUAGGAGAAAGCUAUACAGCACAUGAUGCAUUUUAAUAAGAAAAGAAAUUAGCUGUAAAAAAAUUAAAUGACAUUUUAAGUUAGAAUUCUGUUUUAAUCUUUGACAAUAUGAUUAAAAUCAAUACCGAAAAUAUUAAAGUUCAAAUUGAUUCUGAUAAAUUCCAAAAUGAAAUAUCUUAAGGUAGAAUUAUUUUCGAUGAAAUAAAGUUAAAUGUUAAAAGUGAAAUAAAUUUCGCAUCUUGUCAAUGUGAGCCAGAAGAUGUAUAUGAAGAAGAUGUUAAUCUCUUUAAAACUAAAAAGUUUCAUACUUUUAUUCUUCCAAAUAUUUAAUUUUAAAAAACUCAGGAUGGAAUUAAAUUAUCACUAGAUAUUUUCAAAAAUGGAUUUAUCUAUCAAUCAACAAAAACAUUUAAAUAACCAUAUACAAAUGAGAACUAGUCCCUUAUGCUUCAUCAAAAAAGAGUAAAAGAAAAAUAUUAUUCUAAUUACCGUUAUAAAUAAUAAAAUGAUAAUUCUUUACAUUAUGAGACCCAAGAAGAAGAAAUAGCUUGUGUUGAUAAUUAAAUUAGUAAAAGUAAAAAUUUAAAUGAUGAAUAAAUUAGUGAAAAUAGUUUUGAUUAAGAAUCAGAUUCACUAUAGGGUAUAUGCAAUGAUAGCUUUGAGUAAGAAAGCUAAGAAUUUGAGGUUGAAAUGAUUUAAGAUGAGGAUAUUUGCAACCAAAAAUAAAUAAGCGAAACAAAAAUCUAAUACAAAAACUGA